AUGACAGGGAAUGUUUUCAUUCGGUGAUGCUUGGAAAAAACAGAGAUUGGCAUUUGUUUUGAAAAAAAUUGAAGUUAUGAGAUCUCGUCUUUGAAAGAUAUGUCUGACAAUCAAGGCCCCCCUCCUUCGUAUGAUGAGGCACAGGCGUACCCUCAGUAUGAUGCCUCAGGACAGAUGUCCAAUCUGGGACCACCUCUCUCACAGACAGGCUCCAUCUUCACCUACAACACUGACACAGCCACCCCACCAGGUGCAUACUCCUCCCAGCCAGCUGGACCCCCUCCAAUCACAGGAAUACCCCCCAGGCGACCAGGUGCCCCCCCUCCUGAGUAUGUAGGUAGGGCCAAGCAGUACGCUGCAAAGACUCAAACCUACGGUGCACAGUUUGGAGGUUUUGCAGGUCCACCUGAAGCACAGUAUGGAUCUGCAGCAGCAGGGUAUAGCACGAUGUCCACGACCUAUGGCCCAGGUCCCACAGCAGCCUGCUGUAGCAGGGUACCAGCCCUCAGGCCCAUACGCCCACCCCACAAACGCCACAGCAAGCGGGGUGGUGUACAACCCCUCCCAGGGUACUGUACAGACAGUGAUGCCUGCUGGAUAUAACACUACCCCUCUGGCUUAUGAUCAUAGAACUGUGAACCACCCCGAAGCACGGAGGCAUCGAAAGAUCGCCCUCAUUGUCAUCUGCCUCAUCAUUCUUUUUAUAGUCCUCACCACCACCUUCUUCGGGAUCUUCCUCUAGUCUGUACUCCUGGCUAGGCCUACAAAAAAUAUGUGUCUUUCUGGUUUCUGGCAACUGUAGUUUAUGCCUCUGACCCUAAACCUUUUCACCCUUGAGUUGGACCAUAGCUUUUAUCACUGUCCUAUAUUUAGUGUGCGUUUGUUGUGCUUCCAGUCAUUAUCUACAUUUGAAAACUGUGAUUACAUAAUGCAGCUGGUUGAAUUUCCAAGAAUAUUAAUCAAUAAAUAAAUAUAAUUUUGCUACAAUAUGAAAUAAGGAAAACACAUAUUUUUGUUUAAGAAUAUGUCAUUUCAUCAUUUGUUGAUGGAGGAAAUAGAUGAAUGUUAUUUUACCAACUUUGUCCAGGGCACAAUAUUUAGUUGAUUAGUUGUGCCCUAUGAAUCAUUGAAUGUAGGUGGGCAACAAGAAGAAUACUUUAGAUAAUUGAAAACUAUCAUAUUGGGC